AUAUUUUAAUCGUAGGCCUCGACUGUCAGAAUACACAAUUCAGUUUUAAUUAUGUUAUUCAAAACGCAAUUUAUCAAGUGCACUUUGUGUAUUAUUUUAUAUAUCGCGAUUUGUUCUGUUUUAUUGGUCAUAAAAAGAAGCUUCUAUUUACAGCAGCAGUCAAAUUCAAUUCGUUUAAUAAAAGAUAACCAGACAAAGCAAAAAUGUUCAGUGGUAUCUCGAGCAACUACGAGACCUACCAAUUUAGAAAUAAAACUUUUAAAACACGACGAAGUGAACGGUCAAUCUAUAGAUUUACAUGAAAGUGCAACGUUACUUCGACAAAUUUCAAAUACUUGCGCGAAAUAUAAUUUGAAAACUCUUUUAAUAAAAAGACAUUUUUUAUACGACUCUACACAUAAAUCAAUGUACUGCUGGAUUCGAAAAGUAGCAUCAACGAGUUUUACUAAGUUAUUUUCAGACAUGAAAAAUCGUCGAGUUACACGAAAUUAUUAUAGAGAAGUUGACGUUUUAGCACCAAAGACUAUGGAGGAAUUAUAUCGCAUCGCGAAUGAUGCGAAAACAUUUAAACUGUUAGUCGUUCGACAUCCUUUUCAAAGGCUCGUAUCGUCGUAUAGAGAUCGUUUAGAAGACAAUUCGAAACAUACCACACAAGCUUGGAUUUAUACUAAAAAAAUAUUUCGCCUUACAAGACCUCAACUUUUUCAUUCGAAUACUACGACUGCUAAUUUUCAGCGAAAAGUAUUUACUGCCGGUAAAAGAUUAAAAAUAGUACCGACAUUUAAAGAGUUUACUUUAUGGCUUUUGGAAAAUUCCGAGGAAGAUGUUCAUUGGGAUCGAUACUAUACACACUGUGGCGUAUGUAACAUGCAAUAUAAUUAUGUUUUAAAGCUGGACGAUUAUACGUAUAGGGAAAUAAAUUAUAUUUUUUCAAAAUUUGGACUGAAUGAGACUACAAUAUAUUUACCAAAGUUAGAAAAAACACGCGGUGGACAUACCGAUUUCGAUACGACAUGUAAAUAUCUUGCGAAUUUAACGCAAAAUAUGAUUUUUAAAUUAUAUGAAAAAUACAAAAUAGACUUUGAAAUGUACAAUUACAACUUAAAUCGAUAUAUAUUUUGUGCAAGUAAAAAAACUUAAGUUUUGUA